CAUUAAGGCAACCACCACCACCUUCUGAGCAUAAUGGCUUCAAAGGCAUCUCCAAAUCGUCUCCUUCUAUGCUUCUCUUUCCUUGCUUUUCUCAUUGCAUGCAAUUGUUGCUGCAAAGAACCAGAAGAAAAUCAUGGAGCCAAGGUCAAAGGCAUGUUCGUGUUUGGUAGCUCUCUGGUUGACAAUGGCAACAACAACUUCAUCCAAAACAUACUGGCCAAGGCUGAUUAUUUGCCCUAUGGAGUAGAUUUCCCUCGUGGUCCUUCCGGGAGAUUUACCAAUGGAAAGAAUGUCAUCGACCUCCUCGGUGACCACCUUAAGCUUCCUUCCUAUAUUCCGCCAUUCCUUGAUCCUUCAACGAAGGGAAAUAAGAUCGUUAAUGGCGUCAACUACGCGUCCGGUGCUUCUGGAAUACUAGAUGAUACUGGUUCACUUGCUGGAAAUGUGAUCAGUUUAAAUCAGCAAAUAAGAGAGUUUGAGGAAGUGACUCUGCCGGACUUGGAGAAGCAGCUGGGGUGCAAUAGCAGAGAAUCACUUCCCCACUACCUGUUUGUGGUGGGAAGUGGCGGGAACGACUACUCACUCAAUUAUUUUUUGACUAGAUCCGCGAGCAAUGUGAGUCUUGAAGUUUUCACUGCCAAUCUCACCAACAACCUCUCUCUCCAACUCAAGAAACUGUAUAGCUUAGGUGCUCGGAAGUUUGUGCUCAUGUCGAUCAAUCCCAACGGGUGUAGUCCGAUGGUACGGGCGAGACAGCCGGAGCAGAAGGGUUGUGUGGAGGAACAGAACGAGGCUGCUCUCCUCUACAAUGCCCACUUGAAGUCAUUGGUGGAUCUCAUCAAGCCACAAAUGCCUGCUUCUAACCUUGUUUUUGUCAACACUAACAAGAUGAUCAUGGACAUCAUCGCAAAUCCUGCAUCUAAAGGCUUCAACGAUACAAACAAUGCCUGUUGUGACGUCGAUGAUGUAACAGGAUCUUUAUGCAGAAGAGGAGGGUCAACAUGUGCAACAAGAAGCACUCAUUUGUAUUUUGAUGGUUUGCAUCCAACUGAAGCUGUGAAUGUUCAGAUAGCAGCAAAGGCUUAUGCUUCCACUCUGACAUCUGAAGUUUAUCCCAUCAAUGUUAAACAACUCUCCCUGAUUUAGAUUUCUCAACCUUUUCUUUUGUUGUUUGAUCUAGCUUAGAACUUGAACAAUGUAAUAAUAUAUAGUAUAUUAUGGCAGUAUAUAUAUAUAUAUAUAUAUAUAGACUCUCUCU